UAUUCAUACACUCUGUGCAGGCGACGAGUGUCAAUAGCGUUUAUAGAGACGCGAACACUACACUGCUGGUAUGAACACGUUGCUAUCAGUCGGUGCAACACACUAUCACAACACACUGAGCAGCUGUUUGGACAUACAGAUCAACGCACCUGCAUAACCAGUCGCGCUUUGGAUUUCCCAGGAAUUCCCGGACUGGUCUAUAAUAAGACGUGACGCGACAGCCAGGUCACAGACGGAAGCGUCCUGUUCGGAAGACGUCGGAGACGAGUUUCUGUGACACGGGGAACGUGAUCGUGUAAGGUACAGUCUCACCACGUACAAUGGGCGACCACCAGCUACUCUCGGAGCGGGGUAUUCAAGAUGACAGGUAUGUUGUUUCCGAACUCCUCGGGGAAGGAUCCUACGGCGUGGUGUUCAAGGGGAAAAGAAAAGAUGGCACUGGGCAGGUGUGCGCACUGAAAUAUAUAAAAACAUCGAACAAAGACGAAGUUAAUGAUUUUCUACAUGAAACAAACAUUAUGGAGAAACUGAACCACCCAAACAUCAUCCUUUUCCUGGAGAAGUACGAAAUACCGAACUACCGUGUCCUUGCAAUGGAGUGUGCUCCGGGAGAGCUCUACCACGAGUUGGGGAUUGUAGGGAGCUUUCCAGAAAACAGAGUACGUCAGAUAGCUUGUCAGCUGUUUUCAGCCGUCUUCCACCUUCACUCCAAGAGCAUCCUACACCGAGACUUGAAGCCCGAGAACGUCCUCCUCAUGGAUGACGGCACCGUCAAACUGUGCGACUUCGGCUUCGCCCGUGAAUACUUCACUGAAAUCGGGUCGUUACCCACCACCAUCAAGUCUACACCAAUGUACAUGGCCCCCGAAAUUGCCGGGAACAGCAUCGUCUACUACAGUGAGAAGGUGGACAUUUGGUCCCUCGGGGCCAUGGUAUACGAGCUGUUUCUUGGUAAACCGCCGUUCGAGCCCGACGAAUCAAACGACGGACAAGAACAAGUGAGAACUCUUGUGGAGCAUAUUGUACAUUGUGACGUGGUGUGGCCGGACAACAUCCCAGCAGAGCCGACGGAACUCUUGCAGCACAUGUUGAAGAAGGAACCUAAGCAGCGUUGUUCGUGGCCAACUAUUUUAGACCAUUCUUGGCUCAGAGGGGUAAUACAAGUGUCCCCCGAAGAUCGUGCCAGAGAAAGUGCUUUCACAAGACCAGGAAUUCAAGAACAAACGGAAGGGAGCAAAAACAUGGUUUACAUUCUCUCCGAUGGUGGUGAAGACGUACCCGAUGCUGUUGGCUCGACGGACGCGACCGACGGUGCCGAUGACAUGGAUGUCAUUGUGCUUAUAUCUCCAUUACAGCGAAGGGCUCAACGUGCUGCCCGAACUAAGCCACUAUGUCCUUAGAUGUAUCUGACCAGCAGAUGUGCAUCCUUCUCAGCACUCCAAUGAGUGUUGACCACUUGUUCGUGGCUUGCGGGCGCUUUGUGAAUCGGUCCCCCGAUAGUAAUAGUCAGCGCCCCGUAGAGGUGAACUGAUCAGUCCAAUGUAAAUGUACCUUGUAUAUUGGGCCGGUGGCCCCUUUACGGAAUAACCUGGUGUCGCCCGCCUUGAUAUUGCCGGAACAUUGCUAAAAGCGGCGUAAAAGCAUACUCACUCAAUCAUUCAUUCAAAAAGACUGAACACCAUGAAUAACGGUUAAUAUCCACACUUGCUAACAGCAGAUAACAGUUUGUAGAUACAAAUGAGUAAUGUUUGUUUGUUUGUUGUUUAACGCCGCACUCAGCAAUAUUCCAGCUAUAUGACGGCCGUCUGUAAAUAAUCGAGUCUGGACCAGACAAUCCAGUGAUUGACGUUAUGAUCCUCGAUCCUCGCAUAGAUCCUCCUCCUUGGGAUACGAUGACAUGCAUCAACCAUGUCAGCGAGCCUGACCACCCGAUCCCGUUAGUCGCCUUUUACGACAAGCAUAGUCACCUUUUACGGCAAGCAUGGGUUGCAAAUGAGUAAUGACCCGUACCUUUUAAUCAAUUAGAAAGCAGGAUAUCCACUUACCUGUGAAGAAACCCGUGACAGUUAUCAUUGAUAUGUUUAAUUAACGGAGUAUUACGCUUUGCGAAAUUCCACGAAGGUAAAGUACUAUAUAAUAAUAGUAUUUUACUGUGAGGAACAAAUAUUAUUUGUAUUGUAAUGAAAUGCAUGUAUAAAUGGUGAUUAUAUA